AUGUUUGCUUCUGAUGAAAAUGCAUCUAUUUCCAUCUGGUUAAAUGUAAAGCUAGCAGAACAAAACUAUUGCAUUUUUGAAAUCAAUCUUUCUGUUUAUAAUGACGGUAAAAAACAAUUUGCCUUUGGAUUUCAAUCACCAAUGCAAGUUUCAAUCAUGAGAAUCUCGCAAUCUUUUUGUCUCGAUGCCACCCAUUCCAUUUCGUCCAGAAGCAACGAAGUAUUAUAUACUUUGGUCACUCGCCAUCCUCAAACAGGAAAGGGAUUCCCUGUUGCAUACAUGGUGACAAACAACCAGACAGCCAUACCCAUCAAACUUUGGCUUGACCACCUUCGCAUCAAAAGCAGCUUCAUACCAAUGAAUAUUACCAUUGACUGUAGCAUUAUGGAGGUUAAUGCAAUCAAAGAAGCAUUACCUCAUGCUACAAUUCACUACUGUGAUUUUCAUGUUCUUCGCACUUGGCAGCACAACCUUGACAGCAAGAUUAAACUUAAUGCCUCUUAUACAUCAGAACAACUUGGGAAUUAUAAGACUGCACUGAAGAACUACCUGAGACACAUUCUCAUCGAGUCCAACGAAGACGUGUUCCUAAGAGCAAUUGAAGAUUUUAAACUGAUGGUUCAGGAUCAACCUCAGUUUUUGAAAUAUUUUAAGAAAUGGACCGAGAACGAAGAAUUGUUGCGAAGAUGGGGGCGCCCGUAUGUUAGCCAACAACAUCAGAGAUAUGUGACAAACAACUAUGUAGAAUCAUGGCACAAUCAACUCAAGACAAUCUACUUUGGUCGUGCACGCAUCAGAAGAUUGGAUCGACUGAUUUUUAUCUUGACAAAUGAUGUGGAGUUCUAUUUUGAACAAGAGGUUGAGCGUAUUCACUUCAACAAUGAUAAGAUGGGUCCCAUUGAUAAUGAGUUAGCAAGAAAUUCUUUUGUUGCUUCAAAAAUCCAAAAUGACAUGCUCCCUUCCAUGAUUCUCAACCCUUUGGGUAAGACUGGUAACAGCAUGGAUGAUUAUAAUGGUGAGUGGCAAAUAAGAUCUUUCGUAACAGAAGAUAAGUGGUAUACCGUCAAUAUAUCAAAUGACUUGAUACAAAGCUGCACCUGCCCGAACUUUCUGACCCGCCAGAUCCCAUGCAAGCAUUCACAUUUGUUGAAGCGUAACUGUGGGGCAAAAUUCAGCUUCAUCGAGCAACGGGAGAUAGCAGGAGUGGUAUUGAACCGACAAGACGCUGUAAAUGCAAACGAGAACGAAGUUGAGGAAGAAGUAGAGGAGGAAUUAGAGAGUGGAGGUACUGCUGAAGAUAGAGGUGUAUAUGUCUUUGACGAAAUUGCAGCUUAUUCUGCAACGAUGCAUCACGGCUUUGAAGAUCUUCAAACUUUGAAGACAAUUCCUGGCUUAGAUCAAACAAAGGCAGAUCUUAUAAAAAGAGCACUCGCAGAUACUUUGAGGUUGAUGGAUGAAUAUAGAAGUGAGAACCCUUCAUAUUUUAGAAACUUGAAUACUCAGAGAUAA